ACGCGGAGGGGAAGGAGAAGUGGAGUUGAGCGCGUUGAGGGGCGACGCCGGGGCCGCACGGUUCACGUUCCCGCCCGCAUUCUUUUCCGUUCGGUAGCCAGGGCGGAGGACGUGGCUAUUGAUUGUGAGGCUGAGGCGGAAGGAUACGGAAAAAGCGAGCGGAGCUGCGGCUCGACCUAGAGAGUGCGGGAAAGGGGCACGGGAAGUAGUCCCGGCCCUGGCGGAGCGCCGCGAGGGGAUCCCUCCGCCCGUGCCAGUCUUUCCGAAGGCGCCUCAGUCGGGGAGGCGGAAGGGAAGCGGCGGAAAGAGGAGGCCGCGGAGGGAAGCCAAGGGUUUUUAUUUUGGAGACAGCAUUGCAUGAAGGCUUUAGCAGUAGAUCGGAACUGACUACCAUGUGCUAGGAUACAAAGAUUGUGGAUUUUUUUUACGUGUGCUUCUGGAUUAUAAAGUAGGAAACUGUUAACAUGGGGAGGAAGAAAAUACAGAUCACGAGAAUAAUGGACGAACGGAAUAGACAGGUGACCUUCACAAAAAGGAAGUUUGGAUUAAUGAAGAAAGCCUAUGAACUGAGUGUGCUUUGUGACUGUGAAAUAGCACUCAUCAUUUUUAACAGUUCUAACAAGCUCUUUCAGUAUGCAAGCACGGAUAUGGACAAAGUUCUCCUCAAAUACACGGAGUAUAAUGAACCGCAUGAGAGCAGAACCAACUCAGAUAUUGUUGAGACUUUAAGAAAGAAAGGCCUUAAUGGUUGUGAGAGCCCUGAUGCUGACGAUUACUUUGAGCACAGUCCACUAUCGGAGGACAGAUUCAGCAAACUAAAUGAAGAUAGUGAUUUUAUUUUCAAGCGAGGCCCUGCUCUGAACAAGAAGGAAAACAGAGGGUGCGACAGCCCAGACCCUGACACCUCAUAUGUGCUCACGCCACAUACAGAAGAAAAAUAUAAAAAAAUUAAUGAAGAGUUUGAUAAUAUGAUGCGGAAUCAUAAAAUCGCACCUGGGCUACCUCCGCAGAACUUCUCCAUGUCGGUCACGGUUCCUGUGUCCAGCCCAAAUUCUUUAACCUACAGUCAUCCUGGGACUUCCCUUGUCUCUCCAGCACUGGCCGCCAGUUCCACUUUGACAGACACCACCAUGCUGACCCCUCCUCAAGCCUCCUUGCACCGAAACGUAUCGCCUGGGGGUCCCCAAAGACCAUCCAGCACCGGCAGCGCAAGUGGUAUGUUGACCACAACAGAUCUCUCAGUGCCAAAUGGAGCUGGUUCUAGUCCAGUGGGCAAUGGCUUUGUGAACUCACGAGCUUCACCAGGCCUGCUUAGCAGCACCGGGAGUGGAAACGGCCUGAGCAAAGUGAUGCCUACCAAAUCCCCCCCUCCGCCCGGAGGAGGCAAUCUUGGAAUGAACAACCGAAAGCCAGAUCUCCGAGUUGUCAUCCCUCCAUCCAGCAAAGGCAUGAUGCCUCCAUUGAGCACACAACGGCUAACCAGUUCUCAGUCUACACAACCUCUUGCAACACCGGUUGUGUCUGUGACAACUCCAAGCUUGCCCCCGCAGGGACUGGUGUAUUCUGCUAUGCCUACUGCCUACAACACUGAUUACUCCUUGACUAGUGCAGACCUGUCAACCCUCCAGGGAUUCAACUCCCCAGGAAUGCUUUCAUUGGGACAAGUAUCUGCCUGGCAACAGCAUCACCUAGGACAGGCAGCCCUCACUUCCCUCGUGGCUGGAGGCCAACUAUCUCAGGGUUCCAGUUUAUCCAUUAACACCAACCAAAAUAUUAACAUCAAGUCUGAACCGAUUUCCCCUCCUCGAGAAAGAGUGACUCCGUCGGCGUUCCAGCAGCAGCAGCAACAGGCCCCGCAGCAGCAGCAGCAGCAGCAGCCCCAGCAGCCAUCACGGCAGGACAUGGGACGCUCUCCUGUCGACAGCCUCAGCAGUUCCAGCAGUUCAUACGAUGGCAGCGACCGAGAGGACCCUCGGGGCGACUUCCAUUCGCCCGUUGCGCUGGGAAGGCCCCCCAACUCGGAGGACAGGGAAAGCCCCACCGUGAAGCGGAUGCGGAUGGACACUUGGGUGACCUAAUCGCUCCUCCUUUGGUUUCUACGUUUUGAGUUCUACCAGUGGACAGUCCUGACAUAUCUAAAUUUAUAAAUAAGGACAUGAAAUAAAUAUUUAUAUGUAUAUAUACAUACAUGCAUAUAUAUCUUUGUAUACAUAUAUAUGUGUGAGUGUGUGUAGCAGAGACACGAAAAGCAAAAAUCAGCAGGCACUUAAUACCGACUCCUUGUAUAGCAGCUACAGAUGCCCUGUGGUUUUAAGAGAUAGAACAGAAGAACCCUUAUAGGCAAUGGUCUAGUCUGGCACUUAAUCUAUCUGGCCGAUGUUCCUCGAAUAAUGUUUCGCAAAAGAACAUGUGCCCCUUAUGUAACCUACCAAAUGAAACGGCAGAAGCUUGAGGGCUUGCCUGUAGUCGUUGUUCUCUAUGUGUGUUUUCCAACAACUGUGUGGUAUCCUGUAGUUAUCAUUACGCUUUGUAGCAGCAGAGCAGUAGAAAAGAGAAAGCAAUACUGUACAUAGAAUGACCUCUAUUACUACCCAGUCUAGCAUGGGUCUCUCUUGCAAAGAGUGCAUGGAGAAGGGCUGGCAUUAUUUUAAAAAAUCACACACCUGUUUUUGCACGUGCAAAAAAUAGAGGGUCAGAUACGAUUUUUGUAACCAAGUGUGUGUGAGACAGAGACAUAAAGUGCAUGAAAUAUUCAGAAGAUAUUAGCCUAGAAGAGAAUCCGCAAAGAAAAAUUUUAAUAUAUUAAGUUAUAAUUGGGAUAUGUUUUAAAAGCUCUUUCUUACGUUCCUCUGACCUUUUUUAAAAGAUAGAAAAACAGUUUUAGCUCGUGUAUAUUUUUUAUUAAAGAAAAAAUACCCUUCUUUGAAGACUAUAUGGAAAAUUAUAUACAGUACUUUUGAACACAUUCUGCUAUGAAUUAUUUAUACAAGCCAAAGCUGUACGGUGUAGCUUUUUUUUGGUAGAGAAUAGGUCUGACUUGUUUUUUUUUGGACUGUCUGUUGCUUUUGGUUCAGGGGAGGAAGGAAAAACAAAAUCUUGCAGGCAGAACCUUGGGGAAAAAUAAGCCAUGAAUACUUAUUAUUAUUCUAUAUGUAAAUUAAAAUUUGAGCCAAACGUUGUGUAUAUAGCAUCUUAAAUAUAUUAUCACCUUUUGGUGUAAGUACGUAUGUAUUGUACGUUCACCAGAUUAAAAAGUAUAUUUUUGUGGAUUGACGCCGACUUGAAGAAAAGAAAAAGGCGAGGUCCUUAUUAAGUAGAGUAUUCACUGUUUAAUAUUUACUAUUUUGUUCAAUAGACUGUAUUUCCUUUUGGAUUUUAAUUAAUAUUAUCCAGAUUUUUUUCAGAGGGUGUUUAUAAAAAAAAGGGGUUGUCCCCCCUCACUGGUGGUGAAUGUGUGUUGUUACAAAUUGUACUCUUUAAUCUCUCUUCUUUUUUUGGUGCCGUAAAAAUUCAUUAUACAUUAUAUAUAUAAUAUAUAUAUAUAUACAUAUAUCUGUAUAGAUACAUAUAUAAAUAUAUGUAUAUAGAUAGCAAAGCGAUAGCCCCCUUUGCAAUUCGCUCUACAUAAAUCCAGCAUUGAUUCAUUCUGCAUAAAUAGGAAAAAAGGUGUUACAAACUGUUUCUGAGGCAUCGUAUGAAGUUCUCUCUUUCGGCCUGGGGAGAGGGAUGCUUUUGUCCCUCAUAAUUGCUGAAGUAAUGGGAAACGUUGUCAGAGGAAGGAAGGGGGUUGAAGUGGUCUUUCGGUUUAAGGCAAAACAUGUCCUAAUAUUUAAUUCCCCCAAAACAUCAGGAAGAGCUUCAGAUAGUGGCACAUGUUGCUUUGGAGUCACUUUUAGCUCUGGUUUCGUCUAAAGAUGCUUCCAGUCUCAUGUUUGCUUACUGUUUGUAAUAGGGGCAGAUGCUAAAGGAAUAUCUGAAGGCAGGUUUUAUUAGAUACCAUGAUACAUACAUAUAUAUAUAUAUAGAGAGAGAGAGAGAGAAGGGGGGGGAGAAUGAAUACUAGCAAAGGGCUAGGAGCCAUGGUGGCGCAAUGGGGUAAACUCUUGUGCCAGCUGAACUGCUGACCUGAAGGUUGGGUUGCUGAUCUGAAGGCUGCUGGCUUAAAUCCACAAGAUGGGAUGAGCUCCCGUCUUGUCAGCUCUAGCUUGUGGGGACAUGGGAGAAGCUUCCCAGCAGGAUGGUAACACAUCCGCGCAUCCCCUGGGCAACAUCUUUGUAGAUGGCCAACUAUCUCACACCAGAAGCGACUUGCAGUAUGUUCUCAAGUCGCUUCUCACAUGAUAAAAAAGCCAAAGGGGUUACAAUUUCCUUAGAAGGGAGUAGCAACUCAGUAUUUCGCCCAGAUAAUUGUGAUGUAGCCAGGUGCACAUUUUUGUUUUUUGUUUUGUUUUUUUAGUUCUCCAUUAUUACUGGCAAAUAAGCUUUAAGACAAUCUAAAUGCUCUUUAAUUUAAAACCACACCAGGCAUGGCCUAGUGAGAAAGUGGUAUUAAAAUGAAGGGUGAACUCUUUUCCUGUAAAGGCUCUUUCACCUCUUUUUACCUCCCUCGCUCCAUGUACAAAACUGUAAAUGCAGUCAUAGAAGACUGUAAGCUUUCUAGUGGAGCUAUUUUCUUUUUAUCUCUCCCCCCCCCCCCCCAUCAUAAUUCCUCAGCAUUUCAAGGAACUCGUAGACAGGAGGUACAGCUUCUUAUACAAGACAGUAUGCCCCUAUUCUGCCAGCUUAUUCACUAUCCCAAUCCCUCUUUUUGCCCUGUGCUUGGAAACUGAACACCACUUCAUCGAUCCUUCUGUUGCUUCCAAAGGAUAUUUUGCCAAUCCCUAUUUAUGCACCUACAUGAACUUUGCUGUACAUUUGAAUGGGAGUUCUACAUUUCACAUUUACUGUCUGAUUUCUUGUGUGCCUUAAUGAGAUGGCUUUGCUGACUGUAUCUCAAUAGUCUUUUAUUCCUAUGCAGGUUUGUAAGGAGUUACAUCACAAUACAUUUUUUCUUUUUAAAAAAAAUAAUAAUAUGGGAAUUUUAAAAAGGUUUGGCUUUGUACUUGAAUCUAGCCAACCAAAUGUUUUUUUUUGGUUUAACAAAAGGAACUUUCAGAAUCAGACUGUUAACUUGUGUCCCAUCUCCUCAUCCUAGGACCUGGCCCUGUCUCCCCAGAGGAGAAUGUGUCAUCCUGAAAAUACAAAUACUUUGAAAAAUAACAACCCCAACACUAAAAAUGUAACUCUAGGCAUUUUUGGAUAGCUUACACUGAUAGGUAAGGUUAGUGGCAACAUUUCCUAGCGGCAUUGCUUGUGCUAAUGUCCUUGGGUUUGGCCUGCCAGGGUGCCAAUGUCCCUGCGUUGCCAUUGUGCUAUAUAUGUGUGUACCAAAUGAUUUAAUUUCGCACGGAAGUGGCUAGUGGUAAUGGUAGGAGGCAAGAAUGCAAGGAGUCAUGCAUGAAACAGCUCCGGGCUCGCACUUUGGGCAAUAUGUGUGGUUGAACCACUUUUGAGAUGGGAAGGGAGAGCUUGUGUUAUGCUCAGAAAGGGGUCGGGGGGAAACAAGAUCUUUGGCUCUCCCGAAAGGCCAGCUCCAAAGUGCAAGGAAGCAUGUGGCACCUUGGAUUGGCGCUUCGUUGCUUGAAAGAGGCCUCCUGCCAAGCUCUCAGUCAGGCAUGGCAGCUUCUCACUUGCAUGGGGCAGGCCUGCACAACUCGGCAAUAGUAAGGGGCUAAUAUCAAAAAUAGGCUAAACCUCCAUGGGCCGGUCCUCCUCCUCUCCCUCAAUUGUGAUUGACUGCAACUCCUCACGUGACCACCAGUUUGCCUGCCCCUCUUUCUCCUCCCACUUUUGAUAGACUUGGCGGGCCACACGUUGUACAGGACUGCCAUGGUCACGGGAAACGGAGUUGUUGUGCAUGGCUGCUGUAACGUGUGUCAUUCGGAUCAGGAUGAUUUUUUUUUUUUGCGGUUAAAGGGCAGUUCUGAAAACAAAGAAUCAGUGGAGUUUGAAUAGAAUCAAUGGCAUUUAGAUCAAGAGUGCUGCAGACCGACAUCUUGCACAAACCCAAGUGAGUAGAACAGAGUCAAAUGUUAGACAACACUGACUUCUGGCAUGCUGUCGUUCAUGGCGGCAUGUGGGAAAUGUUUUGACUUUAAAGGACACUAAUGCUUUGGCGAGGGUAAACGUGCGCACAAGAAAUACAUAGUAAAUAAGGAACAUAAAUGACUCCUGCCGGAUCAACCAUGGGAAGAAGUUUGAAAUUUAGAAUGUGAAAGACUUUAAAAAAUAUAUUAGACAUUUUUCCUCACUUUGCUGUGCAAGAAAACACUGCUUUGCUAUAUUUAAAAAAGAAAAGCUUUUUUUAAAACAAAAAAAUUAUAUGUACUUGGUAAAUGUUUGUAGUCAACAGUUCACAGACGAAGCUGUUUGCGGUUAAAGCCGCCUGGCGGCACAAGCUGGACUUUGUUGCCAUCUUUGAGACGAAUCUUUAAAGGAAAAAAAAUAAGUUAAUCUCUUUUCCCUGAAUGUGGUGUUUUUUCUUCAAUAUACAAUAAAUAUUCUAGUGAACUUUUUAUCAAAUGGUUAAGAAAAAUGCUAGAGGUUGUUGUAAAAUAUUUGUAUCUUGCAUUCACUAAAGUAAAAAUACUGGCUUUUACUGUGUA